AUGGGUCCGUUGAUGAUACUGGGAUACCUCGUUGGUGGAGUAAGUGGAAACCAUCAUUUCACCACCAAAAGCCCAGCUGGCUGACAUUUCUCUUUAGUGGAUAACAACACACCUCCUAAUAUUCCUCUACAACCUCUACCUCCAUCCCCUCCGAAACAUUCCCGGCAGUAGAAUCGCCGCCAUCUCAGAACUCUAUACUUCUUAUCUCCUCAUCACCGGUGAAUACUGCCGCAGAACCCUCGAACUCCAUGACAAAUACGGCCCAGUCAUCCGUACCGGCCCAAGAGAGCUCUCCUUCAACACCCUAACGGCGUUCAAUGAGAUUUACGGCGGUCGUUUAAGAACCGAUCAUGUCUAUGAAAAGAAUCCCAUCGCAUACAUCCAAGGAACGCACGAGUCAAAGAAUAUCUUCUUCGCUCAAUCGAAAGCUCAUGGUCGCUAUCGGAAAAUCCUCGCCCCAGCGUUCAGUGAGAGUAGUGUGAGGGAGGUGGAACCUACGAUUAAGUAUCAGGUUGAUGGAUUUAUCCGCGCAUUGCGUGAUAGAAGAAAUGGGCAAGGGAACUUUCCGACGAAGGAUGGAGUUGUGGAUAUUGAUGCCUGGGCUACGUAUAUCGUUUUUGAUCUACUGUCUGCAUUGAGCUUUGGGGAGCCUUUUGGAUGUGUGGAGAAGGGCGAGGAACAUCCUUGGGUUACAAACAUCUUUGGGGUUAUCACUCAUGCUACGUGGGUACAAGCUGCUUAUCGACUUAAGCCCUACCAUAAAAUCCUUGAGAAGCUGUUCAUUCCUGAAUGGUUGGAGGGCAAGUUCACUAGACAUCUUGAUUGGACGAAGAAAACCCUCAAGAAACGCAUCGAGAACCCGAGUACGAAGAAGGACUGGUUGACUUUCUAUGAAAAGGGUCUAGACGAAGAAGAGUUGUUCGAUAGUUUCAAUGUGCUAAUUGCUGCCGGGGGCGAAACGACGGCCAGUACUAUUGCGGCAACUUUGUAUUAUAGCACUCAUACCCCGGGCGUUAUGGAGAAAUUAGUCAAGGAAGUGAGGGGAAGAUUUGCCAGUGAUAGCGAGAUCGACAUCGCGGAGGCGAAGAAGUUGGCGUUGGUGAGAGCUGUUAUUGAUGAGACGAUGAGGAUUCAUCCUGCUGUCCCCGUCGGACUUCCAAGGAUUGUACCGAAAGGAGGUCGAUUUAUUGAUGGUCAUUUCGUUCCUGGUGGGGUAAGUUCUUUCUCGUAUCCAUCUUUGAAUCCCAGUUAUAAUGCUGAAGAAUAAUACAGUCAUGGGUAUCCGCCUCCCAAAUGUCCGCCUGUCUCUCGCCAAUGAACUUUUUUGAGCCCAGAAAGUUCCACCCUGAGCGCUGGUUAGGGGACAAACGAUUUGAAAAUGAUAAUCGUGGGGUAUUCUUCCCGUUCUCCCUUGGAAAAAGAAAUUGCAUUGGUCUCCAGUAAGUCUUACAUACACAUCUUUUCAAGUCAUUACUUUACACUUCCUGUAAAUAUAGCGUGUUGGCCGCUGUGCUGAUGACAAUGGAACAGUUUCGCAAUUGCUCAUAUCACAUUUAUUCUCACGAGAUUGAUUUGGAAUUUCGACAUCGAAUCAAUGCCAGGAAACAGGGAUCCUUUGACCUUGAAUGA